CUUCUCAUUCGGCCUCACUCCACCUCUAUUCGACUCUUCACGAAAAGCUAAGCAAGCUUUCUAAUUGCAAAGAUUUCUAACUUAGCUCACCUUUCAGUGAUCUAUAAAUAUCAUUAGUCUUUAUACAAAAAAUAAAAUUAAAAAAAUUCUACUGCAACACCCACCAGAUCUCCAAAAGCACUUUUUUAAACGUAAAAAACGGUUUUUGCUAUUCACCGCCAAACAGGAGCUCUCAGCCGUACAGAGUUUUAUCUUCUUCAUACAUUAUCACGUAACCUCCGUUUCCAAUCCUCCGGCUUCGGAUAUGGCGGAUCGGCUGCGAGCUUUGUUCAAGGGUGAGGCCCUCACUUACGCCUACCUUCUUCUCUACAUCGCACUCUCCAGCGGCCAGAUCUUCUUCAACAAGUGGGUUUUGUCGUCCAAGGAAAUAAACUUCCCUUAUCCUCUUGGAUUGACUUUGCUUCACAUGGUCUUCUCCUCUGUCUUAUGCUUUUUACUCACGAAAGUUUUUAAGAUUAUGAAGAUUGAGGAAGGAAUGACAGUAGAAAUAUACGUCUCAUCAGUGAUGCCAAUUGGUGCAAUGUUUGCUAUGACUCUUUGGCUGGGAAAUACUGCCUACAUGUAUAUUUCUGUUGCAUUUGCACAAAUGUUGAAAGCAAUCAUGCCAGUAGCUGUUUUCAUUCUUGGAGUAGCAGCAGGACUUGAGGUAAUGAGCUGCAGAAUGCUAUUGAUCAUGUCAGUGAUAAGUUUAGGUGUUCUGGUGGCUUCUUACGGUGAAAUAAAUAUCAGCUGGAUUGGAGUAGUUUAUCAAAUGGGAGGAGUUGUUGGAGAAGCUUUAAGACUUAUUUUUAUGGAGAUUUUUGUUAAAAGGAAGGGUCUCAAAUUAAAUCCAAUAUCUCUCAUGUACUAUGUUAGCCCGUGCAGUGCUCUUUGCCUACUCAUUCCAUGGAUCUUUUUGGAGAAAACAAAGAUGGAAGAAAAUAGCUCAUGGAACUUUCCACUCCUUCUGCUAACACUCAAUUCUCUGUGCACUUUUGCCCUCAACUUAUCAGUUUUCCUUGUGAUCACUCACACAAGUGCCUUGACCAUUCGUGUUGCUGGAGUUGUCAAGGAUUGGGUGGUUGUCUUAUUGUCUGCCCUUCUCUUUGCUGAUACAAAGCUGACUAUUAUAAAUCUGGCAGGUUAUGGCAUUGCCAUAGCAGGUGUAGCAGCAUACAAUAAUCACAAAUUAAAAAAAGAAGUUUCUAGAGGCAACCCUGAAGAAGCUGAAAGUUCUCAACCUACACUAACGGCGGCAUCAUCAGAUUCCAACAAGUAGAGAUGUCACAGGAGGAUUCGGCCUAUUUAUUUUUUAGCUGCUUCUGUGGUGGGGUAAAUUUUGUGGCAGUUUGAAGCAGAACUGAAAUUGAAAGUAUAAAGAUGUCAAGUUCGCAGAAGUGUGUCAUCCUCACAAAGGUAGGCAUUUACAGAGGGAAUUUCAAAAGUUGAUGUAUCAUAGAUGAUUUGUCUGUAAAGCAAGUGCCAGAGUCACUGUGAUACUAAACGUACUCUCUGUUUAUAAAAUUUUGAUAAUUUUUUAGUUCACACAAUUGUAU